AUGGGUCCCGCUGGUAAGCUCGACGAAGAAGCGCUUCUUCGAAAGGAUGUUGAAGAGAACUAUCGCGCGUCGCUGAAGCUCUCGCGAUCGAGGCCUACACGCUUCACCCCAAGGCUUCGUGAGAGGCUGUAUGCUUCAAAUGCGCUGUUUUGCAUGGGGCAGUUCCUAGAAUCGAGCCAGGAUCAAGAGUUCCUCUCGACCGUUGCCGUGCUAUGUUGUGUUGUCGUGUUUGCAUGGACGAAGAAAGGCCCACAUUGUCCAAAGGGUUUCGGCGCGCAUGCGUGCCUUCAAAACGCAAUGGGUGUCUGCUUUUACAGAAACCCUUCAAAGCAUGCACUGCAUGAGCUGGUUCUCGCGCUCCGAACAUGCUUUGCCGAGGUAUCUCCAAGUGAAGUAGAAGUGCAUAUUGUCGGCGGCCACGAAUGGGCUGACAGAAAUAAUAACACGUUGAAUGUCGAUUCCAUCGGCAAAAAAUCGCAUCUCAGCGGGCUUGUCAUAGACGCAGUCAAAACUGCAGGGUUCAAGAACAUCAACCAGACCAUGCUCAACCCAUUUCCUGGCGGCCCGCUCGGGCCGUCGCCGAUGUGCGAAUACCGGCUCAUCAAAGACAACCAGAGAAUUGCAGUGGCAGCGUUGCACAUGGAGACAGGGCGCAUUGUGACACACUCUGAUGCAGCAAGUGCGGAAGACGAAGUUCCACGGGACUGGUGGGCCACAAGUGACAGGGCAACUUGGAGCAUCGCAGUGCAUGGACAACCACUGGCACAUGCCAGUGUCAAAACCCACGUCCUGUUCGUUUCGUACAUGAUCCUCACAGCCGCAAUCUUGUGGUGGAGCACGUCGCUGACUUGGGCAUUAGGAGUGCUGGGUGCUUUGUGGAUCUUGAAGCCGGUGGCAGUCUCACAUCUUUGUUCAUGGGUGAUGGUGGCGACCAUCCUUUACAAAUGUUUGGUCGCAGUUUGGACAUAA